AUGGUCAACAUUGACACUUUUUUCAAGAAAGGAGCGUCGAAGGAACGACCGGGCCAAAAAAAAGUCGCUCCAACCGCUCGUUCUGGGUCGCAGUCAGCGGAAAACAAAGUGAGUGACACGAUCAACUUAGACUCCGAUGACGACUUUAAUGAUUUCGAUAAGCAAGACAGUAGUUUUUCCAAACAUGACGAAUCACUGACUAUUCUAGAUGAGGACCCUGUACUCAAACAAAAUGCUCCAGCGGCCAAAACUGCGAAAACAACGAAGAAAGGCGGGCAAUCAAGUAAUGCAUCAUCACCGCAGAAAAAGCCCAAAAUCGCUAAAAAGGAGAGCAUCGGCCCUUUGUCACUCGAGGAACUUUUGGCCAAGAUCCCAUCGGUUGACUUGGAUGCUGUUCAUGUGAAGGAAAAUGUAAAGUUCGAUUUCAGAGGUAAUAAUCAAAACGGGGCUUCAGAAAUGACAGGAGACGUGGAUUUCCCUGAGGGGGCUCCAAACUGUCUUUUGGGACUCACCAUCGUUUUCACGGGACAAUUGCCCACUUUGGAACGCGGCAAUGCCGAAGCAAUUGCAAAACGCUAUGGUGCCAGAGUCACGAAGUCCAUCUCCAGUAAGACUUCUUUGGUGGUUCUUGGAGAAGAGGCUGGUCCCAAAAAGCUUGAGAAAAUCAAGGACCUGCACAUAAAGGCCAUUGAUGAAGAUGGGUUCAAGCAGCUUAUUUCUGGUAUGCCGGAAGAAGGUGGAGACAACUCCGCUGCUGAAAAGGCCCGUCAAAAGCUAAAACAACAGGAACAGGAUGCUCAGAAAGAAGCCGAAGAAAUGGAAAAGCGCGAGAAGGAGCAAAGAGAAAAACUCAUAAAACGUCAAAAAGACCAGGGAGUCGCUGCUCCAAAUCUCAAGCCCAUAACAAGAGAAGAAGACAAACUUUGGACGGUAAAAUAUGCACCCACAUCUAUUAAUCACAUUUGCGGGAACAAAACCAGCGUUAGCAAAUUGAGGAACUGGUUAAGCAACUGGGCUUCUUGCAAAAAAAAUGACUUCAAACAGCCUGGAAGAGACGGUUCCGGUGUUUUCAGGGCAGCGAUGCUGUACGGUCCCCCUGGUAUAGGGAAAACCACUGCUGCACAUUUGGUUGCCAAGGAGCUGGGCUUCGACGUUUUGGAGAGAAAUGCGUCAGACGUACGUUCAAAAUCGUUGUUGAAUGCAGGUGUUAAGAAUGCUUUGGAUAAUACAUCCAUCGUCGGAACAUUGAAAUCUCGCCAUGGUGGUGAUCUUAACCAGAAAAACUUCGUUAUUAUUAUGGACGAGGUAGAUGGUAUGAGCGGGGGUGAUCGAGGAGGUGUAGGGCAAAUGGCGCUUUUCUGUCGCAAGACCUCUAUGCCCAUGAUCUUGAUCUGCAAUGAGAGAAACUCGCCGAAGAUGAGACCUUUUGACAGAGUUUGUCUUGAUAUACAGUUCAGAAGGCCCGAUGUCAAUAGCAUCAAAGCCCGUCUAAUGACCAUUGCCGUGAGAGAAAAGUUCCAGUUAGAUCCCAACACCAUAGAAAAACUUGUGGAGGCCACUCGAGGAGAUAUUAGGCAAGUAAUAAACUUGCUAUCUACCAUAUCCACCACUACAAAGAAAAUUGGACAUGACAACGUUCAAGCCAUCGCGCAGGCCUGGGAGAAGAACAUUGCUUUGAAACCGUUUGACAUAACGCACAAAUUAUUUGAUGGUCGCAUAUUUUCAGACAUUGGCUCGCGAACGUUUCCACUGUACAAAAAAAUGGAACUGUAUUUCGACGAUUUCGACUUUACGCCUUUAAUGAUACAAGAAAAUUACUUGCAGACAAGACCAUCUGGGCUCAAAGCUGGACAAACACACUUGGCAGCCGUCGCAGACGCUGCUGAAAGUAUUUCGCAAGGCGAUUUGGUCGAAAGAAAGAUACGAAGCAGUGAACAACUGUGGAGUCUGCUACCCUUUCAUGCCAUCAUGUCUGCAGUUCUCCCAGCAUCUAAGGUGGCAGGUCAGAUGGCUGGUAGGAUAAACUUUACAUCUUGGCUGGGUCAAAAUUCCAAGUCUGGUAAGUACUACCGGUUGUUGCAAGAGUUGCAGUAUCAUACAAGGUUGAGCACAUCUACUGAUAAAUUAGGUUUGAGAAUGGAUUACAUGCCGACGUUGAAGCGUAGAAUGCUAGAUCCUUUACUGGCAAAUGGAAGCGACGCGAUACCGGACGUGAUUCAAAUCAUGGACGAUUACUACUUAUCUAAAGAGGAUUGGGACUCUAUAAUGGAAUUCCUAAUCGGCAAUGAUAAGACUGAGGCUCAGAUUAAGAAAAUCCCAACUGCAGUUAAAAGUGGAUUCACCAGAAAGUAUAAUGCGAUGGUUCACCCUGUCGCAAUCUACAAGACGGGUUCGACGAUAGCUGUCGGUGGUAGGUCGAAGGAGGCGCCUGACUUUGAGGACGUUGUGGAUGCAGACGAUGAAGUACCCCCAGCUGAUGAUGAUGAAAACGCUAAAGAAGAUAAUGAUUUUAAGAAGGACAAACUUAUCAAACAGGGCAAACCCAAGGCUACCAAGAAGAGGGCAGCGCCUGCGACCAAAAAAGCGCCUGCAAAAAAACGCAAAACUUGA